CGGAAAAGAACGAUUUGAGCUGUGUUAGGUAUUUAGCAGAAUCAUAAACCACAGUUCUGUUGUUCUAUGGCUUAUUGGCAGGGGGAUAGUACAUUUGCAGACAAGGUAGCUCGCUUGUGUUGUGGUCAUUUCAACAAGUUGAGCAAAAAGGGAAAACCUCAAAUCGAUGUCGAGUGGACUCUGUUGGCUGCUAUUGUACUUGUUCAGCAAAGAGAUGACAAUGAAAAAUCUUUGACAAAAUAUUCCAUGGAGGUGGUUGCAAUGGGAACUGGUUCUAAAUGCAUAGGAAGAAGCAAAAUGAACAAUCAAGGAACCAUUUUGAAUGACAGUCAUGCAGAAGUAAUCGCCAGGAGAAGUUUUCUCAGGUAUCUCUAUCAGCAAUUAUGGUAUGCUUAUAAACAGGAACAAAGUAUAUUUGUUUUCCAAGAUGACAGUUAUUUAUGCAAACUGAAAGAUGGAGUGUCCUUUCAUCUUUUUACUUCCCAUACACCUUGCGGUGAUGCUUCAAUCUUUCCAAAAGCUGAAGAUGACACUUUAGUAGUUUCAGGAUUACAAAGGCAAAGCCUUAAUCCUGGAAAGAGAAAAUCUCCCUCACCUUAUGGAACUGUCACAGCUAUAGAUUCCUCUAAGAAAAUCUGUCUUGAAAAGAAAAAAACCAUUGAUUUAAGGUUUGAAAUACUUAAGGACACCUCUUUUUUAUCAUCAACUGUGCAAAAAGAGAGCCAAGAAAUCUUCCCCGAGGAAGGCACUGGUAUAUGUGGUUGUGACCACGUAAGUGAAACCCCAGCAGAACUCUCAUUGUGUCUAUCAGACCCACAAUCAAAGUGUGAAGACUUAAACAAUUUUGUGAUGAACUGUAAGGAACACAAGGAGAAUAAAACUGAAACAGAUCAUGUGAGUUUGUGCGAUGAUGAGAUUGAAAGCUCUUGCUAUGUUGUGGCCAAUGUAAAUCAGACACAAAGUAACAGUGAACAGCACAAGGAUAUAAAUAGAACAGGAGCAAAGUGUGUACCAGGAGGUGAUCAGGAUCCUCUUCAACCUGGCAUUAGAUACCAUACUUUGGGUGUUUUACGCACUAAACCAGGGCGUGGAGAUCCCACACUAUCAAUGUCAUGCAGUGACAAAAUAAUGAAAUGGAAUGUUCUUGGCAUACAAGGAGCUCUGUUGUCUUACUUUAUAACAACUCCAGUGUACCUGUCAUCCAUUGUGGUUGGUAUGUGCCCCUAUGAUGAUACUGCUAUGAAGAGGGGAAUCUUUGAACGUGCUCUCUCUGUCUUUGUAUCAUUUGAUUUCUAUGAUGAAUUUUGCCAUCAUAAGCCCAAGACAUUUCAAGCAGAUGUGCAAUUUGAAUGCAGCAAAUAUAAAGUCAUGGAACGAAGUCAUUGUAAACCAUCUGCUUCCUCAACAGCUAUUAUAUGGAUUAAAGAUCCAUUCUUUCAUGAAGUCUCUGUUAAUGGACUCAGACAGGGUGUUACUAAAAAGUACCUUUCAUCACCAAAAGCAAGUGUAUGCAUUUGUAAAGCGAGUCUUUUUGAGACAUUCAAAGCUCUGGUCAGUAGCAUUCCUGUCUGGAAGCUUCCAUCUUCAUUAAGGUUAGCCCAUAAUUGCCACAUUCCUCAGCCUUGUUACAGUGCUUAAGUGUAUGUACCAUUAAUGGUGGUAUGAAUAGAAAUGGAAUUGUUUAUGCCUAUGAAGUCUUGAGUUCAUAAAAAUGGUUAUAUAAGUUUAAUCUUGCAACUCCCAUGAGUGAUCAAGACAAAAUUUCUCCUAUUAUCAAGCGAACAAUUGAUGGGAAUAAAGAAAAAUAUCAAUUAGGGGAUGAUUAGUUGAUCCAAUACUAAAUUCUCGGGACUAAAAUCAUAACAAUUGAAUUACAGACAGUUAUGAGAAUUACUAAUGAGAUCUUGGGAGUGAGAGUCAACCUUUGACCAGUUUCUAUAAUCUUAAUCUGAAAAACUGUAACUGUUUCUGAUUUACACACCUGACUUAGAGCCUUUUGCAACAUUUACAAACUGUACAGUAAACUGUUUAACAAAUAAAAUGAAAAAUUUAUUUACCACAAGUUACAUCAAAAUUAUCUGACUUUAUUUCCAGGCAAGAGAAGAUAACAAGUUACCACAAUGCAAAGAGAGGAGCUUCAAGAUAUAAGGCUGUCAGGAAAAAGUUCCUUGCUGCAUUUCCUACUUGGUGUCUUAAGCCUGACAACCUAUCAAAUUUCACUGGAUCAGGAUAAAAAUAGGAAACUUUCAAAAUAUCUUAGCCAUGCUAGCUACAACAAAACAGAUCAUUUGUGUCCAUUACCAGAAAGUUUACAGUCAUUAAGCCAAUUAGCCACUAUCACUAGUUUUAAGAAAACGAACACAUUUCAAUAUCCUGUUAACAGUAGCACAGUAUUCAAAACAACACGAACGUUAUGGACCUGAAGUAAAUAUUAGAAAUUCAAGUAACCCUUAAGACAGUCUUCUAUUAAACCUCAUAAACAAAUUCAGCCAAAGAUACUCGAGUUCAGAUUUUUGUGGCUGAAGAGUGAGUGGUAGACUACAUUGUACAUGUAACAGUAUUUACAAAAUUUCAGUUUUGUUUUUCUUAUGCUAGUUUAUAAUCCAUUCUUUUUAACACAGCUUCAAUUUAUGCUUGACUUGGUCCUACAAUAAAACACUGAAUUCCACAAAGA